AUGCGGCUCUGGGCAGACUAUCUGCACUACGACCUCUUUCACUUGGAAGUACCCGUCUUUGUCGAAGAAGCACCUUUCGUACUUGAUAUUUGGAGGCAAAACUUCACCGGCGUCACAAGCCACCACUACGUCCACCAACACCAUUUUUACUUCAAGAGGGAAGGCAUUACGAAAGACAUUCGCCUCAAAAUAACGCGUUACGACGACAACACACUACUGUUCCAAGUAAAGCUCAUUCGGUAUGAAGGCGAUAACAUGGUGGUUGAAGCAUUAGAAAGUUUCGACACCCUGUGCAAGGAAUACGAGUAUCUCAUCUACCACAAGUCACUUGUGGUGUUCGAGGAUCCGACUGCGCUAAUGCUGUACUACGAUGAGGAACACUUCUUAGGAAAGCCAGCACUGAUGCAGAAGAAGUGUUCGGUACAACGGAUAGAGUUGGAACAUUUACGGAUCUCCUAUGACGCGGCCCCCUAUGCAAAAGGUCUUCACCAGCUAAGAGAACUCAAGGCGCUGUACAUCAACUGCGGACUACGAGAUUUGAAUAUUGAGGCUGUUAUCGCAGUCGCAGCGCCGUUGGCGCAGAACCGACCGGAUGUUCUGAGCAUGAUAUACGUCAAUGUUAACGAACCUGAAAAAAUCAGAUAUCGGGGUCGUAUGCGUAGAGACAAGCAUGCCGUGUCCGAACCGAGACAUAAAGUCUGGCGUGCCUUGUCCGAGACACACAAGGGCUCAAUGGUACAGCUUGAGCUUGAGAAGUUCCUGAGAAAGAAGGCUGGGUGGGAUAAGGUCAAUGCUACGAGAAAGGCGAAGAAGGAAAGAAAGCAAAGGGCCGUCGAAGCAAUGAUUGCCGGUAAGCAGGCCAAGAGAGCAGCUAGGAAGGCUGCGAAAGAUGGAGGAAUGAGAACCAAGGAGGACCACCACAUGGACCAGGAAAGUGGCUAG